AUCUGAUUCCAAGACUGUGGCAAGGACAGAGAAGUACAGAGCAUGCAGAUGCUUGGUUAGGAACUCUGGGACGGUCGGUUUCAACAAAUUCUAGGAUUCUCAACUUGAUAUAUUGACAUUUGGAUUCAAGUGACGCUGUUUAAGCUGGGAGUUUGUUUAUUCGUCUCAGGUAAGCAAAGAAGAAGUUCUAACCGAAAUGAAGAGGUAUGAAAGUAAGUAGAUGACUUUCGGGAGGACAGCAACGGGAAUUUGUGGGCAACCUGUUCACAUAGGUUUAUACCUUGGUGUAAUCGGAAAGGGACAGGGUGCAUCUAGCAUAAAGUUGCAGUGCAGUGUCAUCCAGUUACUACCUCGCCAAUUGGCAGGAAAGCAGAAGAGACACAGAAGAAAACACAAAGGAAUCAAUCACGAAGUCAGGAUUUCUCAACCCCAUGCACGGCUUACCGCAGCUAUAUUUGAAAUAAAUCAAAGUUCGGACCGACCCUCCAACGCAUGGCUCAAAUCACCGAGCUGUUAUUGUGCUUGCGAAACGAAAGACAACUCAUCAUUAUCCUUUACCCAGACAAUUCAUUUCUCCUACCGUGGUAUUUCCAUAAUCCAAGACAGGGUAAUGAAACAGUUUAUUCGUCCUUGUAAUGGUGUAACAAUGAUCGACUUUAUCAGUAUGUAACCGGCAAUGGCAGCGACGAUCAUGGCUCCGCGUUCAACGAGUUUAAUAAGAUCGACAUCACUGAUCGUCGUCGCACGACAGGCAUAGGGCUAGUUUCAAGUUCUCCGAAGUUAUAGCGACCGACUCCGAUUUUCAAGGCACGAUGAGUGUUGCACUAGGUUUAUUUGACCCAUAGUCGGCCCUGUCGUGAAACGGUCAGGGAAAACUCUAAAACUGUGCCUGGAAAAGCAGGGCAACCAGAGUUGAAGCCGAGUCUAGAUCAGCGAAAGGAUGGUUAGGUUUUCGUGAGAUCCCAGUACAGUCGCAUGGUACAACAAGGGCUGUGCAUUGCGCGAGCCCAAGGCACGAGGUGGAUGAUUAAAACCUCGGCGACUUCCUAGAUUCAAAAGACAGCGUAUGUCAACAGAAUCACGCGAAAAUCAUCAUUUCGUGUUGGCGUCAAAUAAAGUGCUGCCACAAAGUUAAUCUUCAGUCGCGAGAAAGCAUAGAUAAUCUAAAAUUGCGAUCGUUGGAUUUUCCUCGAAUGGGACAGACUUCAAU